AGAAAGUCUCACGAGGCCAUUGCGGGUGGCUUUCUCUCCUUCAUUCAUUCUUUGCACUUGCUCUUUAUACCUUACCACUACCGAUAGAUCACUAGUAAACAAUGGCAUCAACCGGCGCAUCACCUCGCAGCCCACAGAGUCCGCAGAGCCCGCAGAACCCACAGAACCCACAGGGUUCACAGAGCCCCUAUAGUGCUGCUUCCCCAGCGGAUUCGCAGGCUCCACAACAGGGGCUUGAUGGGGUGAUUAUUGAAGUAGAUGGUGAAUUACUAGAUGAUGAUGAUUCUGCAUUUGGUUCCGAUACUUCGAGUUAUGUUACUUCUCUAUCGUCUUCUGUCACCAACUAUCGAUACGAGAAUGGCAGGCGCUAUCACGCUUUUCGGGAAGGAGCUUACGUUCUUCCGAACGAUGAGGCCGAGAGCGAUAGGCUGGACCUUCAACACCAGAUGUUAACCCUUUUAUUCGGGUUACAUAGAGCUCCUCUCCAGAACCCGCAGAAGAUAUUGGACAUCGGCACAGGGACGGGAAUCUGGGCUGUAGAAAUGGCUGAUAAAUUCCCAUCGUCAGAGGUAAUUGGCAAUGAUCUUAGCCCCAUUCAACCUAGCUGGGUCCCUCCAAACCUCCGCUUUGAAAUCGACGACGCAGAAUCUGAUUGGGCUUACAAACUCAAUUCCUUCGAUUACAUCCACACCCGUUACAUGAUCGGCAGCAUCCAGGACUGGCCCAAACUCCUCCGUCAGGCUUACGACUUCUCAAAACCGGGUGGGUACGUCGAACUCCAAGAGAUCAAUUGUGACUUAUAUACGGACGACAACUCCCUACCACCGGAUAGCGCGGCCAGGAGAUGGUCUAUGCUUAUGGCCGAGGCUUCAAGAAAGAACAAUCGACCCAUCGACAUCGGCGCGGAGCUGCAGCCCUUCGUUGUGGAAGCCGGAUUUAUCAAUGUUUGCCGCGAGGUGUAUAAAUUGCCCUUAAAUUCCUGGCCGAAGGAUAGUAAACUGAAGGAGAUUGGCGCAUUUAACUUGGUGAACAUGUUGGAAGGCCUGGAGGCGUUGAGUUUAGCGCUGUUCACUAGAGUCCUUGGAUGGAGUAUAGAGGAGGUGAUGGCCUUUCUACCAUCCGUGCGCCAGGACAUCCAGAGAAGGGAUGCCCAUAUUCUCUGGGACAUUUACGUCGUUUGGGGUCAGAAACCGGAGGUGUAAGGGAACAGGGUAAGCUAGUGGGUAUCGAUUAGUCCUAAAAUCUCAUAAACGCAUCUCAUCUUAAAA